AUGUACAAAGAGGAGAACAGACCCUUGAAGGAGGUCAUGAGAAUCAUGGAGACAGAGCACCAAUUCCUCGCCACGCCGAAGAUGUAUAAGAAACGAAUUAAGGAUUGGGCUAUUGACAAAAAUCUGAAGUCUGACAACGGUCUCAACGCCCAUCGGACGAAGCAACAGCGGUAUUCAACGCAGGACUCGCAUUUCGGCGUCAGAGAACCUCUGGCCGACGCUCAAGAGAUAAGCAACUACGUCAGAUAUUCUCCAGAUAUUGCCCAUCGAUUUCAAGAUGGAUCCCUUCCAUCUGCUGAAGAAACCAUGCAGAGAGAGUAUAGCACUCCCUUAACCAUGUUGCCUACGGAACAGCCCAACGACGACCAGUACUGGGCAAGCGCUGGCCGUUUCCACGAAGUUACUUCGUUCUCCUCUCCCUUGCAUGCACAAAGUGGGCAAUUUGGCGAGCGAGAUCGAGCUUCGGUACUGCUCUAUAGCAUCCGCCACAGAUUUCUGGAAGCAUCCGAUGCGAUGAUGCGGCGCGACACCGCCAGACUCUUCGAUAUUCUCAACCCGGCUUACGAGGCGAUCAGCGAGGUUGCUGAGGCCGAAGCCGAGCAACUCCUUUCCGUGGUCGCUCAUCUGUUCGAGCUUCUCCACGAAAGACCGAAUCACCAGGACAUGCUGCGGCAGCUACUCCAUUAUGUGUUUGCGCUCAUCCCAGACGCCGUGCGUCAGAGCCAGCUCCUUUCACGGAACAGCCAGGUGCUGGCCCUUUUAGGGCAAUCAGGCUACGAUUCUCUGUUCGGUGUGCCGCUGGACCUGGCAGGUACCACAGACUCGAAUGCGGCUGCGCCGCGACAUGGUUGCUAUGAGCAGCCAUCCGAAGCUAGACCGGCCUUCGACACGAGAUUCGGAGGGAAUUACACGUAUGGCUACUGA